GAGUUGCUUCGCGUCAUUUUGGAUCCUGAAUGCCCCGGAGCCCAGGCAGGCAUGCCAAGUUAUUUGAUUGCAGUGGGGUCCUUGGAGACUUUCAGGGAGAACGGCCUUUUGGGUGGCUUCGAUCUCUCGCGCUGUGACAUCAUAGCAGAGCUCUUGGAAGCCUUGGAGGUCAUGGCUGAAGCGAACGAGGCUCCCGAGGCUCCCAGUGCCCCAGUGCCAGAUGCCAAGCCGCAGAAGAAGCGCUCCCCGAACAGACUAGUCGUUGAAGAGGCCAUGAACGAUGACAAUUCGGUGAUCUCCCUUUCACAAGCAAAAAUGGAAGAAUUGAACCUCUUUCGCGGAGACAACGUCCUCAUCAAGGGCAAAAAGCGAAAGGACACCGUGUGCAUCGUUCUUGCAGAUGAGAACUUGGACGACAGCAAGAUUCGCAUGAAUAAAGUGGUGCGAAAAAAUCUCCGUGUGCGUUUGGGUGACAUUGUUUCAGUCCAUGCUUGUGGUGAUGUGCCAUACGGCAAACGUAUCCAUGUCCUUCCGUUGGAUGACACCAUCGAAGGGAUUACGGGCAAUCUUUUUGACACCUACCUGAAACCUUACUACUUGGAAGCAUAUCGCCCAGCGAGACAGGGAGACCUCUUUCUGGUACGCGGUGGUUUUCGUCCAGUAGAAUUCAAGGUGGUCGGUGUGGAUCCAGGUGAGUUCGUGAUCGUUGCACCGGAUACAGUGAUUCACUGCGAGGGAGAGCCUGUGAAGCGCGAGGAUGAAGAGCGGCUGGACGAUGUGGGUUACGAUGACAUUGGUGGUUGCAAGAAAGCUAUGGGCCAGAUCCGAGAGAUGAUUGAACUGCCACUGCGACAUCCAACAUUGUUCAAGACGCUGGGCGUGAAGCCUCCCCGAGGUGUUCUGCUCUACGGCCCUCCAGGCAGCGGCAAGACUUUGAUCGCAAGGGCCAUUGCCAACGAAACAGGUGCCUUCUUCUUCCUCAUCAAUGGACCUGAGAUCAUGUCCAAAAUGGCGGGGGAAGCGGAAUCCAAUCUGCGUAAAGCAUUCGAAGAAGCAGAGAAAAAUUCGCCUGCGAUCAUUUUCAUUGAUGAAAUCGACUCCAUUGCCCCCAAGCGAGACAAAACAUCCGGAGAAGUUGAAAAGCGCGUGGUUUCGCAGCUCUUGACGCUAAUGGAUGGAAUCAAGGGCCGUGGUCAGGUGGUGGUCAUUGCAGCUACGAACCGUCCCAAUUCCAUUGACGCUGCACUUCGGCGAUUUGGGCGCUUUGACCGGGAACUUGACAUUGGUGUCCCGGACGACAAUGGCAGGUUGGAGAUUCUGCGCAUCCACUGCAAAAACAUGAAGUUGGCGACUGAUGUGAAACUGGAGGAGGUGGCAUCCAACACUCACGGCUUUGUUGGAGCAGACCUGGCGCAACUUUGCACUGAAGCCGCCCUCACAUGCAUUCGUGAGAAGAUGGAUUUGAUCGACCUGGAGGAAGAAACCAUUGAUGCAGAGAUUUUGGAUUCAAUGGCAGUCUCGCAGGAGCACUUCAAGUCUGCAAUGGGAACCGUCAACCCCUCUUCCUUGCGAGAGACAGUGGUGGAAGUGCCAAACAUCAAGUGGGACGACAUUGGUGGUUUGGAAGACACCAAGCGAUCCUUGCAGGAGACCAUUUUGUAUCCCAUCGACCACCCUGAGAAGUUUGAGAAGUUUGGCAUGCAACCCUCCAGGGGUGUUUUGUUCUAUGGCCCUCCUGGAUGUGGAAAGACGCUGCUGGCCAAGGCCGUGGCCUCCGAAUGCUCUGCGAACUUUGUGAGCAUCAAGGGCCCGGAGCUUUUGACCAUGUGGUUUGGAGAGUCUGAGGCGAAUGUCCGUGAAGUCUUUGACAAAGCCAGGGCGGCAGCUCCCUGUGUUCUCUUCUUUGAUGAGUUGGAUUCUGUGGGUGUGGCGCGUGGUUCCUCUCAAGGUGAUGCUGGAGGUGCUGGAGACCGUGUCAUGAAUCAGCUACUGACGGAGAUUGAUGGAGUGGGUGCCAAGAAAAAUGUCUUCUUCAUCGGCGCCACGAACCGCCCAGAACUGUUGGAUGAAGCUUUGCUCCGUCCCGGACGCUUGGAUCAACUCAUUUACAUUCCACUUCCUGAUUUGCCCGCAAGGCAAGGCAUCUUGGAGGCAACGUUGAAAAAGUCUCCUGUCGCUCCCAAUGUGCCGUUACCCUUCAUUGCCCAAAAGACAGAGGGAUUCAGUGGAGCUGACUUGGCGGAGCUUUGUCAACGAGCAGCCAAAGCAGCAGUACGUGAUGCCAUUGCAGCAGAUGAACUGCGUGCAGGCGAUGAUGAUGCAAUGGACACCACCAUGGGCUCUGAGAUUGGCCGCAAACACUUUGAAGAGGCCUUUGGUGGAGCAAGGCGCUCUGUGGCAGCAUCUGACCUCGCCAAGUACGACCAGUUCCGCAAGAAAUUUGAUCCUAUCUACAUGAACUCCAGUGCUGGUGGCAGUGGAGUUGUAAUCAACUGGCCGGAUGAUGAUUCCUCGUGGACGGUGCGCUUGGCAUCAGCAGAGGCUUUGGCCACACUGAGUUGUCACAUUAGACCUUUCUUGCAAUGCCUGAGACAGCAUCGAAAAUCGGACAACAACGAGCUCAAGGUUGCUGCACAAAAGCUGUGGCAAAGUAUCGAUGCUGGGAAGGUGUGGACUCACGCAAGGGUGAUGUCUGAGAGUGCAGUCAAAGUGAUGCGCGGGAUGAUCAACACCACAAAGUCAGGCUGCUGUUGUGCUCAGAGUCUCCGCAAGCGCACCACAUUUGGUGUUUUGUGGGCGAUCAGCGCCAUGGGCCGAGUUGUGCCAUCGCGCACAACUUUGGGCUGCGUGCAGAUCCCCAGUGAUGUGACGUUGGAAGACGAAGGGCCACCUUUCCCAGAGCAGAUGGGCAUAGACAUCCAGAUGACCAAGGUCUCUUUCGAUUCGGAGGACAUUUGUGCCGGGACCUACCUGCGUGCGAUGCAGCGUGAAGAACUCACGAAAGGAGCUAAAACCCUGGCAGCCCUUGCUGUAUCCUCUGGACAGAAGUGCGACGUCCUUGGAUUGUCAUGCACAUCCUUUUCCUUCACCCUAGGCUCGGCCAAAGUGCGUGAGCAGAUCAGUGCAGGUUACCCUGGGGUGCCAGUCACGGAUAUGGCACAAGCACAGCUAGAAGCUUUGAAAGCCUUACAGGCAAAACAAGUAGCUUUGCUGACACCCUACAUAGAGGAGUUGAGUCAAGCCAAUGCGGAGAUGUUGGAGUCCAUGGGUGGCUUUCGAGUGGUGAGCAGGUUGACAAUGAAUCUGCCCACCGAUGACCUAACCUCAGCGGUGCCGCCAGCUGAAAUCGCAGAUUGGGCAGUUCGUACUGAUUCUCCACAAGCGGAUGUCGUUGUCAUCGGCUGCAGUGGUUUUCGUGCGUGCCAGCCGGACUUUCUCGAUGCACUGGAGCAGAGACUCGGAAAACCGGUGGUGACUUCAACGCAGGCUUUCUUGUGGCACAUGGCACGCAGUGCUGGUGUCCAGAAGAAGAUCAAAGGCUCUGGCCAGGGAGUCGAAAGCACAAAGAUGCGGAUCUCCUUGAGCCUCUUGCUUUUGCUGCAAAAGACCGUGCGCUACGUGCUUGCAGCCUUGCAGCAAUGCAGUGAGCUGAAGGACUCCGACAGACACUUCAUUCGCAGUGUGACGAGCACUUUGAUGCAACGGAUGGUGGAGGCUGGCGUGAUAGAAAAGAACGACACCAAGUCGCAUCACCCCAAACAUAAGGGCAGGCGCCGAAAGCUUUGCAGUUUGCAGCACGUUCCUAUCCCGAGCAGUUCUGCGGAAGCCUUGAGGUCGCAAAUGGGCAUACCGUGCCAAUCAAGAAUAUUGUGUGUGUGUGUAUCAUCUGAACAGAUGUAA